AUGGUUAGGAGUGCUUCUAGCAAAACAGGCGUUAGAGGUGGCCGAGAAGAAUCACCGUACCCAGGGUCGCCUCGCACCCAGAAGUGGAUUGGUAACUUGCUGCCAAUCCUAGAACGGUACGACUACAACUACGCUGAGAUAACGCAGCUGGUUAAGGCGUGCGACUACAAUGGGGACAAAAUCCAGCAAGAGGUUGAUCGCAUUAUGGAGGUAAACAUCGGUCACGAGCAUGGCGAAUGGACUGUUGUUAACUCUCAGCAAAAGCCAAAGGUAAAAGCAACGCAGUUACUGAAAAGGCCAAAGGCACCGGUUAGAGGCGUGCAGAAAGCUGUUACUAAGGCUCCCCCGGCUAAGGAGCCACAAGAGACACGCCGUGCACAGGUAGGUAAAGAAGCCGCUGCGGCAACGACACCCAAGGAUUCGACCGUGGAGGCCGUUGCGUCUUCCGAAGCGGUUGAACCAUCUGCUUCUGUUGCGCCCCAACAGGAUCAGGGGGCGCGUGCAAAGGCUCCUCAAAGAAACCCUACGGAGAAAAAGCAGGGCCGCAACACUCGUAGAGAGUCUGCCUCGAAAGAAUCAGGCAAAGAAAACUCCAAAUCACAGCAGCAACCACAACCCCCUAAGAAGCAGCUUCCAAUCCAGUGGGCGUCAUUGCUGAAGAAGUCUCCUGAAGAGCAGUCAGCGGUUCCACCGCCGUCGCCCCCGUCAAAUGCGACUGCUCAAACUGCAAAUAGUACACCCAAAAUCCCCAAGAAGAAGUCCGCGGAUGAACGUAUUCCCGAAGUUCAGGAAGCUCCUGUAACCCCGGAUGUGAAUAAUGACGUGGAAGCUCUUGCACUCGCCAAGGCUGAGGAAACUUUGAAAAAAUUGGAAAUAAGCGAACGAAUUAAGGUUGAACAGCAGCUUCAACACAAAUUGAUACAGUCGUCGCCCAGAGCGGAGCAACCGCACAUGUCUCCGGUACAGGCACGCCUCGCGGUGGCGGAGGACCCGCUACCCCCCGUUGUAAUGCCGAAAACUCUGUCUACCGGCAUUGACGCGACAGCAAUGUUUAGUUACUUCGACGAAGAGCCACCCAAGGUAAAUAUGUGGCCUGCGGGUGCGACUGUGGGCCACUAUCAGCAACCGUCAACCAAUAGGCGGGAUUAUAGCAAAUACCCGCGGAGUUCUCACAUGGUGGGUGGAGACGAUGGCCGUUCUAACACAGUACAGCACGAUGGCGGCGCACUAGUAACUCAGAACGUCGGAGGGGUGUCCCAGCAAGAUGAGGUGGACACUCUUCACGGCGACAGUUCGGUUCAGCAGGAAGGCGUUCCCGAUGCAGGUUUCCAAGGCCAUUGGCAAAUGGGUUACUACCGCAGCCGCUAUUCUAACCCCAAGCACCAACCGUUUUCUUAUGCGUAUGACGAGGACAAGCCUAAGAACUACCGGCAAGGGGCCAGCGAGCAUUACUCACAAAAGGAAGGUCGUCACCACUUAAACGGAGUUUAUGUGAACUACGGCUAUCAACACGACAGGCUGCAGACGCCUCCCGGUUUGGUCAGCUACUACGCAUCACAACAACCGUAUUACGGGUUCUCUAACUCGACGACACAGGCCAACCCGCACGCUCCUUCGGAUUCGGCGACGUCGUCUAUGUGGAGGAACUGA